AGCACUAUAUGGAUCCUUCUAAAACACAUUCACAUUGUCCAUUUGGUUGAAGAAAUGACACUGUUACCAGAUUGCUGUCUUACAGUCAAGCAUUUAAAGCUGUAUCUGCCAUUGGCCUAUGCUGUAUAGGUCUAUAGGGUGUUGGGAAGAUGGAAGACUGCUUAGAGGAUAGAGAUUGCUAUAGUAUACUGAUAUCUCCCUGUAAUACCUGUGAUCCUUUAGUGGAUGUAACAGGAAAACUAGUUUCUGAGGUUGGUUGUGCACUUGUUCUAGAACUUUUCAUCCUACAGUAAGAUUCAAGAGAUCUGCUGUGGAUCACUUGUUAAUGAAGUGAUGUGUUGUAUCUUUUGGAGUUCAGGUGCAGAAGACAUCUGCAGCAUUUGAGACUGAAUGUCCUGUGUGUUUACUUGUCUGUGAAAAACCCAUCAAACUAACAAGAGUUUCCUUCCCCUGAGAACAAGGAGACACCAAAAAAAUAAUAAAUCCCCAGCCAUGCUUUUCGACAUCUUUUCACAGCAAGAAAACCUGGCUAUGUACGAAAACAUUUUUAGUCUUUGUCAUGACUCAUGGCUCACUUGGUUUCUAAGGAAAACGAGCCAGAUGAUUAAAACAUGUUCAUUUUGAUUUCAAUAUCUACACACUGCCAAAUUAAACUGUGAUGAAUAAACAAACAAGCAUUCAUACACACAAAGCAAGCAACCACCCCCCAUCCCUCCUACACACACACACACACACACACACACACACACACACACUUCAUGUUAUUUUCAGUCAAGAGCUGUCGUGUGAAAUUUGCUAACACUCAUAUUGCUAUUACUGGUACUUGGGUAAUGUUAAGGCUCAUAAUCAUGAAUAAAAAGCCUGUACAUGGAAUUAUGAGCCAAAUGUCCCAUUCAGAACUAUAAUCUUAUUCAGGGAUAUUCACUUGAUUUGUCCAGCUGGCAUGUAAAGGCACAGGAAGACACUAUGGGCUAGAAGGAAAAUAGGAGUACUAUAAGAGAAGCUAGUUCACCACUCUGCGAUGUCCUCUACUGAGAAGGUGGCUCUUGUGGCAGGACAGGAUGGUAUUGUAUUGUAGCAUAUAGUGGUAGUGGGCUGAUGAGACAAGGCAUAGAUUGAGUGAUGAACUUAUAUUUCUGGGUCAUGGUUACCCAGGCAUUGUAGUAUAUGCAAUAGGGUAAUUGGAGGAAGAGACCAAUAUGGGUGAAGUUGAUUACUUCAUGUAUUAUCAUGUAUAACAAUGAUGCAUAAGUAACAUAAAUAACGAGAUGAUGUAUAAUGAUGGAUGAAUAAGUAAUACCCAAGGUAUGUUGCAUGGUCCAAAAGAGUCUGCCAUGAAGCAGUUUUUAUUUAAGAAUUUAUCAGAAACUAAUACAAUAUUGCAUUUUGUUGAUUAAAAUGAUUUUAAUGCAGUUUCAUUUUCAUUGAAAUGUAUGCUAACACAGUGCUAAUUGUUUCAUGUGGUAAUAACUCGACAUUAAUGUGAUCCCUCUAUGUUUUAGUCAUUAUCACCAUCAGGGGUUAAAUUAGAGUGGAAUGAACAGAAGUCAAGCUUGGUUUAGAAGCCAAUGAUUAGACAUAAUAAAUUGUGCUGACACACAACCACUAGACAGCUGCUAAAGUUAGACUCCCAUGACUCCUCCCCUUCCAACCUUUUUUGAUUAUUCAAGUUUAUAUUCACUGUGUUUAUAGCUAGGAAUCCUCUGAUCUUGCUGGUUUUUUUUUUUGUUUUGUUUUUUACAAAUUAAGUCUCAGUCAGCGGUUGUUAAGUGCCAUGUUAAUACAUUUGCUCAUUAGAGAAAAGUGUGUUUAUUUUUUUUAUUUCAUUUAUUAUAAUAGAAAAGACUGAGAUGGUAUUUUGAUGCCAACCUGACAGAGAAUAUUAAAAACUUAAGGUCUGGCUGCGAGAUUGUAUUCAAGUUAAAUUAAGCCUUUAGGACAGAACCAGAUUAAAAAUGCGUUUUAAUCACAUUUUAGUAUUAGUAAUAACAUCUAAAUUGGAUGGUACUAUUCCAUACAUGAUACUGUAUAUCGUUUACUGAAUUAAAGAUAACGUAGAGUAAAAUAGUUAACGUAGGUGUUAUUUUAAUGUAGAUCUAUAACACUGCUUUCAGCAAAAUAACAAUGGAUGAUGUAAUUUUGUAUAAUUCUAAAAGUAAAAUACUAAUACUAACAAAUUACAACAUAUGGCAGUUCACUUAACGUUGCUGUUCCAUGGCUUGAAUGUUUCCAGUAGUGUAGGCACUGGAAUUAGCAUAGGCAGGGUAUAGCAUAGGGUUCUUCAUAAAGUUUGUUAAGGUCUGAUUCUCCCUUGUGAAACUACGUUUUCCACCAUCUUGUCUAUGGAUUAUACUAAAUGCAGAGUCUCCAUUACAAUAGGCAUGCAUCCUAUUUCCAAGUAGGAAAAGCAGUCAUACACAUUGGCAGGUUUGGUUGAGUGGUGGGCCUAAUGGUUGAGAAUCUGUCAGCAUGAAAUGAUCAAAAUCGCCCCCUGAACUGUGGAGCUGAGGAUAAUAGUGUCAGCCAGGGGCUGACUGACAGCCAAUAUGGAGAAAAUGACAGUAAGUGUGAGACAAAAGAGAGAUAGAUGGAGCAGGGAUUCCUCUCCUCUCUCACAUGGUUCAAUGAAGGAGGAUCCAAGGAUUCAAAUGUUGCUGUUUGAUCUAAAUGGAACAAAUGCGCACAAAUGAAGAGCUUACUUCUUCCCUUCCUCUCCUUUUUACCUCAGAUCCUGUGAAGCUUAUACCCAGUUUUUGCUAGUGUGCGUGCCUGUGGCCGAGAGUGGGAGUGUACGAGCGAGCUUGUGUGAGCACUCUCACAUGGCCUCGAUGCAGGACGGGGUGAACUUCACUGCUCCCCCCUACGGCAAAGUGUUGCUGCUCGGGGCCAUCGCUGCUGCCUCGGCUUUCGUCGUCACCAUCCUGAUUGUCGUGCUAUGUGUGGGCUGCCACAGGAAGGGGAAGAGUCACAAUGGUACUGGUGAAGAGAGAAAGCACAGACUCAUGGACAUGAACAUAUUGCGGCAGUCAAAGCUGCGCUCCAUCAAAUCCUCCAAGAAGAACCGUCCAGCCAGCAUGGACCUGCUCCUGCUGCCAAGCCGUCGCUCCAACUCAGACCUGCGAACUUCACAAGGCCGCCAGGUGCCACAGGUGCCCUCAGGAGAGGAUGGAGAGCACACAUACGCCGAGGUGGGCCGCCGCUCCUCCCCGACUCGCUGUCCUGAGGCCGCGCUCAGGGGGCGGGCUGGAGAGACGGACACUCCUGCCCCCCCAGCUGUUCCUGCCAAUACCCCAGCACCACCUGAUCCAGAUGGGGACAGCCUGGAUGGUGGAAUUCCUGAGCCUGAGACCCUCCCUCAAGUAAUGAACCCUCCCCCGCAGCCCCCGGAAACAGCUGAGUAUGCGUGUAUCAGGAAGGUUCGCAAGGUUGACAAAGCUGCCCAGAAGAGGGAUAAUGGCACUGAAACGGAGGAGGGGCUUGGGCAGGCACAGCGGCACAGUAGUGGAGAGAUUCGGCAUGCUCCGCCCAGUCAUCCAGCUCCACCCCCACCACACCCACACAGUCAAAAGUUGCCACGCAAGAAUGUGGAGGCUUUCAAUCUUCCUUUCUUUCCAAAGGAGGCAGUGUUUAUUGGAAAUGGAGAGGAGUACAUAUGGAAGCCUCCUGAAGACGAUGACAUCAUGUUCCAGCCCAAGCACAUAGGCCCUCUCAGCCCUCACUUGGGAGAAAACAUGGCAUCUGGGAUCUCAGAUAUGUACUCUAAAGUCUGCAAACCAGGCAAGAAGAAAAGAGGCAUGCCUGGCUCACCCACAGGUCCUAGGGAUAUUGGUGGUUAUCGGACCUUGGCCCGAGGUGAACGUGAUGGUGGCUUUAACGUGGUGGUGAAGCCACAGACAUGGGCGCCACAGGAGGCAAAAGGCUCAAGGAUGCCCCCUGGCUCAAUGGAAGAGCACUGCUAUGAAGCCAUUGGUGCAGAGGAGAGCGACAUGUCCUAUGAAGCUGCAGAGGUUGGCGGAGGUGGAGGAGGAGGAGGAGGUGGAGGAUGGAAACGAGACAGGCCUCCUCCCAAUGCCAGCGCCACUCUCCGGCCCAAGAAGAGAAAGCCACAGCAGCCACAGCACCAGCCACCUCCGCCACCUCCCCCUCCCCAGCAUACACCCAAGAUGCAGCACCUGCCUGCCAAAGCACUUUUGCUGCCGGGCGAGAACCUCUACGAGAGCAUCCCUGACCUGAAGCAGGGCUCAACCACAUCCAGUACCACUACCAUCUUCACUUUUAAUGACGGAAUGGAAAUGUAUGUCACUGGCCUGUAAGGGCUCAAACUUAAAUCUCAAACGUAAAGACCCCCCAUCUUAUAGUUGAGGGGGAAAGAGACUUGACAAGGCAACAACUCUUCCUGCACUCAUUCACACAUCGUGUUUACAUUUCAGCCCUUUGGUUCCUAAGUAGCCCCACACAUUGCCUUAGAGAAGC